AGUAGACAAAAGUCAAAAAUCGUCAACAUUGCAGCAAAAGACAACAAAAUCUACUGGAAAAACUGCUUAAAAUCAACAUAUGAAACACAAUUCCUAAUCAUAAACAUGGACGAAUUCAAAUCGAAGAUAUUAAGUCUGCUUAACAAGCAGAGCCCUAAAAUCCCAUCUAUGGGUUUCUCAGACGCAAAUUACCACUUCCCCAAAGCAGAAACUCUCUGCAUCAACAGUAAAACCGCCCCGGAGGCCGACCGCCCUGCCGAUCAAGAAAUAUUAGAAAGUAUCGAAGCUGCGUAUUUCGCACCAAACAACUUCGACAUCUGCCGUUUUGAACUUGAAAAACUCCCCGCAGUCCUCGACUGUGACAGAAUCCAAGCAGAUUUCAAGCUGUUAAAACGACAGCAUCAAGUUGUCUCAAAAAAAGUCUUACAAUUAAUAUUAGAACAUCAAAACGCAUGCGGCGAUGAAUUUAAGGAAAUGUUAGCGUUGUGUGAGAAAUUGGGCGAUACAUUGCGGUUAUGUCGCGAUGGGCGGGGCAAAUUACACUCUGCGGAACGUCAAGUCGCUGCCACGCUUGGAGUAUUAGCCAAUCACAGGAAGCGAAAAUGUGUUCAGCACCUACUCAACAAUCUAAACACAAUCAAAGCCUUAUAUCAAACAGACAACCGGUUGCAUAUUUUACUAAAGAAUGAAAACUACGCCGGUGCUAUUGAAUUGAUUCUCGAGUGUCAAGCGGCAGCGCAGCGUUACAGACACUUUAACUGCGUCGCAGCUUUGACCAACAAACUACAAGAGACAUUAGAGUAUACAGAAGAGCAACUAGAUCGUGUCCUGGCACAGAUGUGUUAUUAUUUCGAUGCGACACGAUAUAGAAAACUCCAGGAUGCUUAUAAGCUGCUGGGAAAGACACAGAUUGCUGUGGAUCAUCUGCACAUGCAUUACAUCAGCAGUAUUUAUAAUACUUCGGUGAAUAUUGUGUAUGUGUACAUACAGCAUGAGGGUAUGGAGAUGCCUGUUGGUGAUAACACGAAGAAACCUUAUAAAAACUUAUGUUUAGCUGUGAAUCAAGAAAAUUUCAUUCCAUGUCUGCUUGAUUUGUGUAAAUCAUUGUUUAAGAUAGUUUUAAGCUAUCGGAACUUGGUGCGUUGGCAUGAUGCGCAUGAUAUUGUUGUAGAAGAUGAGAAAGAUGCGGAUUUUACCAAGGAGUAUAUCAAGCAGAAACUUGAGCAUAAUCUGUUGAAGAUCUGGCAGGAUGUGCAGAGUAAAGUUUCCAGUUUGCUGAUGAACAGUGACCUUGGGAUGUAUAAAUUCGAUCAGUUUGUGCAAGUAUUGGGUGUUGUGCACAGAUUAAUUGAAGUGGGUGAAGAAUUCUCCGGAAGUAAAUCCGAAGAACUCCACGAAUCCAUCCGCCAUCAAAGCGUGAAUUACUUCCAACAUUACCACACUCAACGCCUGGAAGAACUCAAAAUCUUCCUCGAGAAUGAAUCAUGGACAAUCUGCCCGGUGAAAUCCACCUUCGACAUCCUCCAACUGCAGGAAUUCAAAGCAAUGAAGCACGUCCUCAAGAACUUCAAACGCACAGGCGGGCAAUACUUCACACCAAGCGGCAUAUCCACCGACGGGGCGAGUUCCACCCACUCUCAAGACGGCAGCAGUGUGACUGGCAAUUAUUUCAUCCGGUAUGGCGAUCAUGGAACACCUUUUGACUUCACUCCGGAGGAAAUCAUAGAUGAAGAUAUCCUUCUAUCAGAUGGCGAGUAUUUCAGUGAUGAUAGUGAAGAAGAGAAUGAAGAACUGCAUAAAGAUUAUGUUGAUGAAUAUUAAGGAGAAAAGAAAAAUAUUUCGAAGGAGAAAGAAAAGAAUUAGUCAAAUCAAAAGAAAGAAAAACGUAUAAAUCAUCAUGUGUUAACCAACACAACACUCAGUGUCCUACGACAGAUGGGAAAAUACUUACAGAUGUCCAGACUUUUUAAACCAAUUGCGUUUGAUAUCAUCAAAUACAUGAAUCAGUUAUUUGACUUCUAUUUGUAUUCAGUCCAUUGCUUCUUUGCAUCGGAUUUAACAGUGUCUUCAAGUGCUUUGUAUUCACUCUCAUUGAGUUCCACACUGAAAAGAAUCCAAGAAUCUCUUUUCCUGACCAAUGACGACGCGCAGGAUGAUAAAAUAACAAAACCCAUAGUCUCACCAUUAGUAGACCUGAAAAAGCCGGAAAUGCUGCAUGGUUUCGCCGAGCGCGUGGUUGGCGUCGAAAGCCUGAUAUUCCUCGCUCGGCAAUACGAAGGACUACAAACUUACUUGGAAUCAUUAGUACCAUCGCAAAACAAAAGCAUCCUGCAGCAGUUUUUCAAUCAGACAAUCAGCAGCGCGAUAGAUUUACGCCGUCCGGUUUACAUGACCGUCUGCGCGCAGGCUUUCGACCUGCGACAGAUUUUAUCCUCAAUGGCGAAGAUUAACUGGGAAGUCAAGGAAGUAAUGUCGCAGCACAACAACUACAUUGACAUUGUUCUAAGGGAAAUUCAAAUUUUCACCAUGCGUUUGGAGCAAAUCAACGCACAAGUCCACAUCAACGACGCCAUUAUCCUCCUAUGGGAAAACAUAGCGCAUAUAAUCACGCACACAUUCGUACAGGGUUUCGCCGAAGCUAAAAAGUGCACGCCUUGCGGUCGCGCACUCAUGCGCCUCGACUUCACGCACUUCCUGCAAACCUUCGAGCAAAUCACUCGUGUACGCCCCGUGCCGCACAAAGACUACGUAGAUAACUAUAUAAACGCGUUCUAUAUUCCCGAACUGGAGCUGGACGAAUGGAUGCGCGCGCAUGGCGAAUACUCAUCGAAGCAUCUCUAUGGCCUCGUGAGUUGCGCAUGUCAGAAUAACAAAAAGUCGAAACAAAGACUUUUUGCUGUUAUUGAAGAGAUAGAACGUGAACGCUCACAGCGGUAGCAUUGUACACGUGUUUUAAUUAUCAGAAUAACAAUUUUAGUAUUUAUUAAGAGAUUAUAAUAAAUUAUAACUUACUGUUUGGA